GGUCGGGCCCCGGCGGGAUCGGGCUGGGGAUGGGGCUGGGCCCCGGCUGCGGCAGCCCCGGGCCCGACGAGGCGGGAGGAGGCUACAACAGCGAGGACGAGUACGAGGCCGGGCGGGUGGAGAUGGACCCGGCCACGGCCGAGCAGGAGCACCGGUUCGAGAAGGCUCUGCGGGAGAAGAAAGGCUUCAUCAUCAAACGCAUGAAGGAGGACGGGGCCUGUCUGUUCCGGGCCGUGGCUGAUCAGGUGUACGGAGACCAGGACAUGCACGAGGUGGUGCGGAAACACUGCAUGGAUUACCUGAUGAAGAACGCCGAUUAUUUCUCCAACUACGUCACCGAGGAUUUCACCACCUACAUCAACCGCAAGCGCAAGAGCACCUGCCACGGCAACCACAUCGAGAUGCAGGCCAUGGCCGAGAUGUACAACCGGCCCGUGGAGGUGUACCAGUACGGCACUGAGCCCAUCAACACGUUCCACGGGAUCCAGCACAACGAGGACGAGCCCAUCCGGGUCAGCUACCACCGCAACAUCCACUACAACUCGGUGGUGAACCCCAACAAGGCGACCAUCGGCGUGGGGCUGGGGCUGCCCUCCUUCAAACCGGGGCUGGCCGAGCAGUCCCUGAUGAAGAGCGCCAUCAAGACGUCGGAGGAGUCGUGGAUCGAGCAGCAGAUGCUGGAGGACAAGAAACGCGCCACGGACUGGGAGGCCACCAACGAGGCCAUCGAGGAGCAGGUGGCCCGAGAGUCCUACCUGCAGUGGCUGCGCGACCAGGAGAAGCAGGCGCGGCAGCCUCGCAAGGCCAGCGCCACGUGCAGCUCGGCCACGGCAGCGGCGGCCAGCGGGCUGGAGGAGUGGAGCGGCCGCUCCCCCCGGCCCCGCAGCGCCGCCCCCUCCCCCGAGCACCCCGGGCUGCACCCCGAGACCCCCGGCCCCAAACCCCCCUCGCCUGGAGCCCCCCCCGCCGGAAAACCCCCCUCACCCUGUGCCCCAGGGACCAGCAGCCAGCUGGGGGCAGGGGGGGGGCCGGGCCACGCCCCCGCUGGUGUCGCUGUACCCCGCGCUCGAGUGCCGCGCCAUCAUGCAGCAGAUGUCCCCGACCGCCUUCGGCCUGAACGACUGGGAGGACGACGAGAUCCUGGCGUCGGUGCUGGCGGUGUCGCAGCAGGAGUACCUGGAGACCAUGAAAACCUCGCGCCACAGAGACCCCGCCGCCGACAAAAGUUGAUAUUGAACCCCCGGACUGCGACCCCCCCGCCCCCCCAAAAUCCACCCCAAAAAUCCCCCCAGACCCUCCGGAACCACCCCCUGAAAAAAACAAACAAACAAACAAAAAAAAAACAACAAACAAACAAACAAAGAAACAUCACGGCCGACCCUCCCCCAACCCAUCCAACACCGCCCCCCCCCCCCAAAAAAAAAAACCAAGCAGGGACCUGUGGGUGCAUGGCGGCCCCGGCUGGGGGGGUUGAUUUUGGGGGUGACAAAAACCCCCCCUUGGUGAAAGGGGGAGGGGGACACAGCGCUGGACGCCGCGGAUGAACCUCGGCUUUUUUUGGGGGGGGAGGAGAAGAAGGAGAAGAAAAAGAAGAUCCCUCCCCCAUCCUAAAAUUUACAGCUGGAAGGAAAAUGGGGGGGCUGGGGUGGGGGGGAGGGGGGCGUUCCUGUUUUUUGUAGGGGUC